UAAGCUGUGGAGACAGGUUCUUUCUUCAUAGUCCUCUUUAUUUUGCAGUUUACCGAGUUUACGCCAUUCGAGUACCUAUGGUUGAACUUGCUCAGAAAGUUCCGCAUUGUUUGAGAUUUGCAUUUUAUAAGAUAUUCGAGUGAAUAUCAGUGCUGAAGUAAAUAGUUCCUGGAAAUUUAUUAUCGUUGUAUUUAGAAAUGUUCCAAACCGCCUUGUUUCUUCUCUGCUCGGUGGCAGUACUGCAUUCAGGUGCAGAGACUGUUCCAACAAGUAGUUCUAUUGACACGAACAGCCUCGUGGCCAGCUCUACUGAAAACACAAAUCAACCUACCAAUGGAACUACAAUUUUCUCAUCAUCGGUUACACCAAUUCCAACCGAAACAACUUCAGUUAUGCCUACACCAACGACCACACCCACACCUGUGCCAACUCCAGAAAUAGGAAAAUGGAUCGUCAAUGAGACUAACGAAACUUGUAUUAUAGUAAAGAUGGCUGUUCAGUUUAAUGUUACAUACAUCACAACCGAUCACAAGAGUGACUUUCUUGUACUGGAUCUACCUGUCAAUGAAACUCAAGUCAAAGGCGUAUGCGGUGCUUCAAAAGACAUUGAACAGAAUAUUACGAUUUCGUGGCUCACAACUCCCAACAGUACCACUCAAAAUAAUCUGACCCUUCAUUUCAGAAAGAAUAUAACAAAAAAUCAAUAUAGUCUUCACGAUUUGCAAGUAGAUCUUGCACCUGAAAACUUUCCCCACCUUACCAACUCUUCGAUGAGUUUUGAGCAUAGGAGCAAUCAGUUUACGACAGGACUCUCCAACUCUUACCGUUGCCUGAAGAUCCAAACUUUGAACCUAACAAAAGAAGAUAAUAAAACUGUAGGCGAAAUCAAAGUGUCAAACUUACAAUUCCAAGCUUUCCACAGUGGCAGUGCCACCAGUUUUGGCUUUGCUGAGGAUUGUGCCUUUGAUACUCCAGACAUCGUUCCUAUCGCAGUAGGAUGCGCUCUCGCUCUGCUUGUGGUGAUAGUUUUGAUUGCGUACCUUGUGGGACGUAGACGCAGUCAAGCUCGUGGUUACCUCAGCAUGUAAUCAAAGAGAUACUUGAACUCGAUACAAGAAAAAUAAUUUUAUUGUUAGCAUUAUCACAAUACAUAACUAUGUAUGAUUAUUGAUUACGAAAAGGCGUUACCUUGGUAAUAUUUCUCAUAUACCUUUCCGUUGGCAUAUUCAUAUCAACAAGAUGUGAAAGUUGAUUAAAACUUUUGUCUUCUACACAGUUGUGUCUCAACGAUGUUCAUUCAGUGUUUGCUUUGGCUAGCUAUUUGGCAUAGGGGGAUAUAGAUUACAUAUGUGUGCAAACAGUAUGAAAAAAACAGCUUCACGAAUUUGUGGUAUUCAACAGAUUUAAAAAGUUAUAUGUGAUUUUUGGAAUGAAAAUGUGGUAUGAUAUAUUUCAGAUAAAUUUUAUUUAAUAAAAUAUCAGUGAAACAACAUCAAAGCGUCUGGAGUAAUGAUUAUAGUAGUUACGCCAAAUUGUUUACAAUAAUACAACAACUUUAUUGGUAGAAUAUGAGUCUGUGAUUCGUAAUAUUUCAUCCUAAGACUGAGAAAAAAAGAAUUUAUCCAGGAUUGAACGUGGUAUAAAACACUUGAGACAUAUUACGAUAGAAAAUGUAUAUAUUAUUACGAUAUGCCAUUUAUUCGAUUUUUAAUUGAACGUUUAUAGUUGUAUGCCAGUGCUUUGGUACUUGGUAAUAAAAUGACGUAUUGUUUAA